CCAGGAACUAGCGGAGUGUAUAAAGUGACAGGGCUCAUUGAUGACUUGAGCUGCCAGCUGAAACAUGGACAGGUUCUUACUCCUCCAGAUCUUCCUCCUGGUGGUAGUCCCAAGUUUACAGAUUCUCCCUGGCAUAGAGACGAAGUGGGAAAAAUGCUUCAUUGACCCUGACUAUGAAGAACUGGUGGCUAUUGCCAAAAAUGGACUGGAAAAUGGGUGUCGUUCAAAGAAGGUGGUGAUCGUUGGGGCAGGAAUAAGUGGACUCACCGCUGCCAAACUGUUGAAAGAUGCUGGUUGUAAGGUUCUCAUUCUGGAAGCCAGUCACCGUUUGGGAGGACGCAUCAUGACCCACAGAGAACAAGAUUGGUAUGUGGAGUUGGGAGCCAUGCGUUUGCCAGGACAUCACAGGCUUGUGCGUGAAUUUAUUAAAAAACUGAAACUGAAACUGAACCCGUUCUAUAAUAGUAAUGACAAGGGCUGGUAUUUCGUUAACAACAUCAGGGCAAGAGCUGGAGAGGUAGAUCGAAACCCUGAUAUCUUGCAAUACCCCGUGCUUCCCACGGAAAGAGGAAAAUCUGCCAGUGAGCUUUAUAAUCAGACACUGGAUAAGGUGACAACAAACUGCAGUGCUCUGAAAGAGAAAUAUGAUUCCUUUUCCACAAAGGAGUAUUUGAUUAAAGAAGGAAAUUUAAGUAGAGGAGCCAUUGACAUGAUUGGUGACGUGAUGAAUGAAGAUGGUGUAUUCCACAUGUCAUUUCUUUACUCUGUCAUGGUCUUUUCCACCUUCUCUGAGAAGAGUUAUGAUGAGAUCACAGGGGGAUUCGAUCAGCUUCCGCAAGCUUUCUACCAGGAUAUUCACAGGAGCGUUAUAUUUAACUCCCCGGUAGUGAAGAUACUACAAGACAAUGACCAAGUGAAAGUGUUUUACCGCAGACCACACACUUCAUUCCCCUUAUCUGUGAUGGCCGACUAUGUCCUUGUCACAGCUACGGCAAAAGCCACACGGCUCAUUAAAUUUUCUCCCCCUCUUUCUGCUAAGAAGACCCAUGCCCUGCGCUCCAUUCACUACGCAAGAGCCACUAAGAUAUUCUUGAUCUGUUCUGAAAAAUUUUGGCAGAAGGAUGGAAUCUAUAAUGGGAGGUCAAUCACUGAUCGCCCAUCUAGAGUCAUCUACUACCCCAGCCACAAUUUCUCCAGUGGGGCAGGGGUGAUCCUGGCUUCCUACACCUGGGUGGAUGAUGCUGAAUUCUUCAUUCCCCUCGAUGACGAAAAGUGUGUUGAUGUGGUGCUGGAGGACCUGGCAGAAAUCCACCAGGUGCCCAAGAAUUAUAUCCAGAAGGUCUGCAAUAAACACGUAAUCAAGAAAUGGGGCCUGGACAAAUAUACAAUGGGAGGAUAUGUUUCAUUCACCCCGUACCAGUUUGUUGACUACUCCAAAGCUUUGUUUCAGAAUGAAGGGAGGGUUCAUUUUUCAGGAGAACACACUGCCCAGCCUCAUGCCUGGAUCGAAACUUCUAUGAAAUCUGCUGUGAGAGCAGCCAGGAACAUACAUGAUGCUAUAAAUGCAUUGCCCUGGCGACAGGAGAAGAAGCUGAAAGAAAAUGAAUUGUAAUUAAUAGUAAUAAUAAUUAUAAUAAAGGUGAUUGGGGACGCAUCAGCUCCUGAUUGGGGAAUUAGAAAUUGCACCGCAAAUCACCAGGCAUCAGUAGAUUGUGACUUUAUGUGCAGCCCUGAAGUGGGGGUGCAUAAGAUUCCUGCACCAGGAAUAGACUGCUACACUCACACUGCUGCACUCCCCCGGUCACUGUGCUCAGCCACCAAAGGGUGAAACCCAGGUUGUGCCUAGUCCCCUAACUCCCCCGUGCUCCAGAAAGGCAAUUUGUGAGCAAAUAGCCUCAGUUACUCCUAGGUAUCCUACUCCAAGGUCUGGGUAGCCCAUGUUGGAGUGUAAAGGGGGUUUCUACUCCCUCCGAUUUCCCUGAUCAGGCACAUAAUCUGAACCACAUUCUAACGUCCUGUCUAGGUUGCAUGGAAACUGUGGUUCCCGCUUCUGAGCCAGCCACAAUUCCAGCACCCUUGCAAAUCCCGUCAGCCACCCCGGCACUCCCCAAAGCAGACAAGGUGCAGAAGUGAAUGGCUGCACAGAGCAGUCUUCAUCUCCAAACAGGUAGCAAAGUCGCUGCAGGAAAAAUUGUCUCAUAGGGCUCCUCCUGAGAUGGGAUAGAUAGCUCUGCACCCAGCCCAUUCAGGUCUGUGCCUCAAAGACACAAUCAGUCCAUCGGUGAUAUGCGGUGCCUAAUAGGAAGCCAUUCAGCUCAUCUUCAGCCUUGAUUAUGGUCGUGGUCAUUCCAUGGUCUACUUGGAUGGAAGCUGGCAUGAUGUAUGUAGAUGUUGACUAUCCCUUGGAUAGAUUGUUAAUAACCA